AUGCCACCGAAAAAAUCAAAACGCUCUUCAAAUGAUAUGCAUUCUCAAACUUAUUACUUAUCAAAUACUCCCCUAUACAAUUAUUACCCACCACCAGAUCAACACAAAUAUAUCCCAAAUUAUAAUCAAUCCAUAUCAAACCAAGCACCACUAAUGACUGCUCAUGAAGAAGCUGAAAAGGGUGCUUUCUUAUUACAAUCCUUGAAAGGAACACAACAAGAAAACCAAUUACCACCAGGUCAAAAUCAAACAACUAAUAAUAAUCAUUUCCCAUUGAAGAAAAAAUUAAAUAAUCAAAAUCAAAAGGUUUUUAUACAUAGAAUUGGUAGAGAUUCAUUAAAAUUAAAUCAUAUUGAAAGUAAUCAAAGAAAUAAUCAAUCAGAUGAUAAAAAUCAUCAAAAAAGAGAAAUUUAUGAUUUCCCUGUUAAACCUAAACCCCCAACAGAUGUAAAUGAAUUAAAUAAUCAAAUUUAUCAAUAUGAUGAAAGCAAACCAAAUACAAAAUUUUCAAACGCUGAUAUUAUAUUUGCAAAUGGUAAUAAUAGAGAAAAAAGAAGAAUUGAAUUAUUUGAAAAUUAUAGUGAAUUAUAUAAAUUUAAAGAAUUUAAAAGAAAAUCAUUAUUUGAAGAACAAUCUCAACUUUUACAGAAAAAUAUUGAUUAUUUAAAUAAACCAAAUAAUUUUAAUACUGAAAUAAGUGAUUUACCUUCCCAGGGUAAGAAAACUCCAUUAAUUAUAAGAAAUUUAUUUGAAAAAGAAACUGAUAUUAUUGAAACUAGGGAUUAUGAAUUAACAAGAUUAAGAUAUUGGAGACGUUACAAGAGAAAUGAAAAUAUUAAAAAUUAUUAUAAACAAUCAUUAUCUUUACACCAGGGUUAUACGGAUGAUGUUAUUGAUAAAUUAGAAAAAUUGAAAAAUUUCUUAUUAAAACAGAAAACAAUGUUGAAAAAUUUAGAUAAAGAUUUAUUAGAUAUUAAUUCUAAUAGAUCUGAGAAAUUUUAUUCAGGUUUUAAAUCAAAUGAAUCGGGGACAGGUUCAAUAGAUAUAAAUUCUGAUCAUGAUCAAAAUCAAAAUGGGAACGGGAAUGGUUCAAAUCAUGGUAUUAAUGGAAUUCAAAAUUCUUCAAGAUCAACACCAGAACAAGAAUCAUUAUCAAACAUAGAAAGUUCAGAAACUGAUACCCAAAGUUUAUUAUCAACCAACACCAACACCAAACCCAAAAAACCAUCACAAUCACGUAAAAAAAUAACAAAACCUAAUAAAAAACUUCAAUCAAAACAAUCCAAAAAUCAAUCAAUAAUCCUUACUUCAAUCUUGGAAGGUUUUGCACCAUUAUUAACAAAUGAAGAGUUCCAAAUCAUAACAAAUGAUGAAUCACGUUCUUCCAAACCAUCAUCAUCAUCAAAUUUAACUCUAGGACUGGGAUUAGGAUCAGAUACAGAACAUGGUGAAGAAUCAGGGACAGGUCGUACAACAACUUCAUCAAGAGCUGUAAGAGAGGCAAGAGAUCGUGAAGGUUAUAAAGAUGGGAAUGCUGCUACGUUGAAUAAGAUUAUGAAACAGUAUACUAGUCCUAAUGAAUUGGAUGAAUUGGAGAUUGAAUCUGAUUUGAAAAUCUUGAGAAGUGGGAAAUGA